AAAGUGCCUGUUGUGAUGCCCGGGCGAGCAGUCCCCGGUGUGACGGCGAAGCCCACGCGAUGCUGGGGGAGCUCCGAGCGGGUUAUCCGGAGGGGGAAGAGGCCUCGAUUCCUGGGGAAACAGCUAAAAGAGGCACAGACGGCCGCACAGCUCCGUCCCCUGGGUGCCGUCCGGCUCCGCUGCAGCGGUGUCCCCGGGGAGCAGGGAUGCUGCCGAGGCGCAGCUCCCGGCAGGCGAUCUCGUGGUGGUGGCUCCCGGAUGAGGCCAGGGACAGUGUGACGGUCGUCGGGACAGCCACGGCGGUUCUUUGUCCACUUCAGAGAGCCGAGGCUGCGGUCUGCUGCCAGCUCCGUGCGUUAGCUCUGCAGGGGAAGAGCCGCCCGCCAGACGUGAACGUCGCCCCGACAGGAGCUGCUGCACAAAUCGAGCGCGCUUCUGGAGGGAAAAAUCACAGUUUGGUUUUGCGCUUAAUGAGGCGAGGCAGCGAAGCACCGGCCUGGCAGGCGGCCCGGCAGAGGAGGAGUGUCUGGAGAGGGGACAUCGGCAUCGCGGCGAGGGACAGCGGCGAGCGGGGCCGUGCCGCGCCGGGUGGCACCAUGGGGACCCCGUCCCCGCGGGCCGUGCUGCUGCUCGCCGUGCUGGCGGCGCUCCGCGCUCCCCCCGCGGCGCAGGGGCGGCCGAACUUCCUUGUCAUCCUGGCGGAUGAUCUGGGCUGGGGGGACCUCGGGGCCAACUGGGCCGAGACGAAGGAGACGCCGAAUUUGGAUGAGCUGGCUGCCGAAGGGACGAGGUUCGUGGAUUUCCACUCGGCCGCCUCCACCUGCUCCCCGUCCCGCGCCUCGCUGCUCACGGGGCGCCUCGGGGCGCGCAACGGGGUGACCCACAACUUCGCCGUCACCUCGGUGGGCGGCCUGCCCCUCAACGAGACCACGCUGGCAGAGGUGCUGCGGGCGGCGGGGUACAGCACGGGGGCGAUAGGCAAAUGGCACCUGGGGCACCACGGCCGCCACCACCCCACUUCCCGCGGCUUCGACUAUUACUUCGGGAUCCCCUACAGCCACGACAUGGGCUGCACGGACACCCCCGGCUACAACGUGCCGCCCUGCCCGCCCUGCCCGCGGCACGGCGUCGCCACCAGCCCCGCCGACAAGGAGUGCUACACGGACGUGGCCCUUCCUCUCUUGGAGAACCUCACCAUCGUCCAGCAGCCCGUCAACCUCAGCAGCCUGACGGAGCGCUACGCGGAGGCGGCGGCGCGCUUCGUCCGGCGGGCAAGUGACAGCGGGCGCCCCUUCUUCCUCUACGUGGCGCUGGCCCACAUGCACGUGCCGCUGGAGGUGACGGCGCCGCCGGGCAGGGACGUCUACGGAGCCGCCCUGCGCGAGAUGGACGCCUUGGUGGGGCGGCUGCGGCGCCUCGCCGGCCCCGACACGCUGCUGUGGUUCACAGGUGACAACGGCCCUUGGGCGCAGAAGUGCGAGCUGGCGGGACGGCUGGGGCCGUUGGUGGGGGCCUGGCAGAGGACACGAGGUGGGAGCCCGGCCAAGCAGACGACGUGGGAAGGAGGGCACCGCGUCCCGGCGCUGGCGUAUUGGCCCGGCCGCGUCCCCGCCGCGCGGAGCAGCCGCGCCGUGCUGAGCACCCUGGACAUCUUCCCCACGCUGGUGGCCCUGGCUGGAGCGACGCUUCCCCCAAACCGACGUUUUGACGGCUUGGACGUGUCCCCGGUUCUCUUUGGGCAGUCGGACGUGGGGCACAAGAUUCUGCUUCACCCCAACAGUGGGGCAGCUGGGAAGGACGGAGAGAUCGAGGCGCUGCGGCUGGCUCAGUACAAGGCGUUCUACACCACAGGAGGGGCGAAGGCUUGCGACGGAAGCGUUGGGCCAGAAGAGCGUCACCAGCCACCCCUCAUUUUCAAUCUGGAUCGUGAUAUCCAGGAACAGGAGCCUUUGGAUGUGGCAUCCGCAGAGUACCAGGCAGUGCUACCUGCAAUCAGCCGGGCUUACGCGCAGGCUCUGGAGGAUAUUGCAACAGACAACGUCUCGGUUGCAGAUUACUCCCGAGAUCCAGCAGCGAGGCCGUGCUGCAACGCACAGCACGUGGCUUGCCGAUGCCAAGCACCUCCCGCAGCCUCGCUGGACCACAGCACCGAGAGAAGAGCAACGCGGCUUUGUCUUUAAGCAAAUAAUCGCCCGAGCUGCUCCUUUUCCGAUUCUGGUUUUGUGAAUUUGACUGUUGUUCCUACUGGCUCCAGGCUUGCGGUUGGCCAGAGGGCAGGGACGGAGGCUGCGGCUCGCUUUGCUCCGUGCCGUGCAGCAGUGUGGGUGAGUUAGUCGCGGGUCUGGGGGAGCAGGCGGAGGGGUCCCCUUGGGUGCAGCUCUGCACAGAGCAGGACUGUCCCCCCGGCUGCAGGAUCCCCCUGUGGCUGGAGGAGCAGGUCACUGCAGUACCUGGUGGCUCUGCGCACAAAAAGGCUUUUGGUGGGGCCCUUCGGAUGAGAAAAAGUAAUAUUUUUUCAUUAAAACUGCCAUCUGCGUGA